CCGCCACCAUGUUCCCUCCGACUGGCCCGCCGACGCUCCAGGAGAUCCGCCAAGUAGCGCGAAAAACCGCGAGCGCGCUUGGCGAGGCAGGGUACCGGUGCUGCUUGUUCGGGAGUGUAGCAUGCUCGAUGUACGGCAUGCGGAACAGAACUCCAAACGACGUUGACAUGGUCGUCUUCACGUCGCAUGAUCCAGAGGGCCUCAAGCAAACCCUCGUGGAUGCUGACGACAGAUACUUCACUCUCCCAGCGCAGACGCCUGACGAGACGUACGAGGUGCUGUGGUUCAGCUUACGCUCCAGCGGGAGGAGGCAGCGGCAAUGCAAGGUAGACAUCUUGGUCACCGGGACGCUGGGCCUCCCUAGUGUACCCAGGAGCAAGGUCGAGCACACGAACGUGCCAGGGAUUCCAUGCGUACCAAUGAUCGUGCUUCUCGGAAUGAAGCUGCGGGGUUGGGAGGACCAUUGCGAGGCUUACGAGCCACGCUAUUUCAACAAACAGUACGACGAUGUCGAGGACAUCGUGGAGACUUUGCAGAUAGCGGUCGAUAGAGGAGAUCAUCUCGAGGAUGCCCUGUGGUUGCCGCGGAGAUUUAGAGAGGAAAUGGAGGACAGGGUAAGGUCGUUUGUUUGGGAUGUGAGGAUGGAUACCGCAGAGCUUUGGAGGGAACUUGGGUUCGACGGGGAUUGGUAGUUGGAUAGGAAAUGUUUUCUUGCUCAAUCUUAGGGUCCAAUAAGAACAAGUUCUUUUCUGUAUAAACAUUGGGAAGUGAUUAAUAUUGGGAAGG